AUGGCUACUACUCGUGUUUUAGGAAGAGAUCUUACCACUGAGGAAUGGGAGUCUUCCGAGUUCCGAUUCAGGAAUCUGAUCGCUCUGUUCGAGGCAGGUAUUCGUUUCCCUACUCUUAUCCAUGGUAAGAAGUCUAAGAAGAACUUGCAAGAGAAGUUCUUAUGGGUGAACAACGAUCUCGUGGUACUCAGUUACAUGAGGACUAAAGUGUACGUCGACCGUGUUCCCGUGUUGUUUGGCGCUGACAAGGAACUGGCUGAUGCCCUGGAGAAUAUCACCAUCACCGAUAAAUAUUGGCUUGAUUGUUUCUUAGCCGCUGGUGGGAUGAGUGCUGCUUGGAGGGCUCGUGGGAAGAUGCCUAAAUUCUUUGUUGAUAAAGAGGCGGUGCUUUGGAUUAAUCAGCAUUGUUUCUUGUUUUUACCAAGUGUGGAGGAUAUUGUUUCUCUGGAGAAAGCUCUUCGGGGUCUUCCUGAUGGCGAGCUUCAGGUUCGCGAUGUUGACCUGGUGGAGGCUCUUCCACCUCCUUUUUUGGCUAAGGACUCAUAG